AUGAUUUAUCGGCUAUAUCCUCUUUUCUCCAGACCUUUUUCCAAAUUUGCCCGAAUUUCAGAAUACAGCCAUCUCCCACGAAAAAUUGCAUAUAACCUGGAAGCUAUUUCAAAGCUCGACACAUCCAAUCCCAAGAAUGCUUCCAAACUCCUUAAGCUUCUCCAAGAUACAGACCUCAAUUUGGCAAUUAUACAAGAUAUCUCAGAUUUGUCUGAUUUGUAAUCUGGAGCUGACUUUCAAGCUCUAAAAUUGAAGCUUUGAGCAAUCCAUACAGAUGCUCAAUCUACACAGAGAAAAAAGAAAAAGAAAAGUCUCGCCCUUCCUAAGGUAGAUUUUGCCACAUUACCUGCAAUUAGGCUAGUUUCUUCCAAAUUGAUCUCAAUUAUUGAAAACUACGACUUCAAAUCUCUUAUAAAAAUCAUAAGGGAAUGCUCCCACUUCAAUAUCAUGAACGAAGAACUAUGACAAGCCUUCGAAAAAAGCAUUAUGACUACCCAUUACAACUCAAUUGACUCUAAAAAUAUUUAUGGCGUCGUCCAAGUCUUUUCAACAUCCAGAAAAGGCUCUCCAGAAUUUUGGAAUAAAUUAGAAGAGAUUAUUGUUGAAAGAGUAUGCCCACUGCACAGCAUGAGAGCAAGCACUGUUGCCGUCAUCAUGUACGCAUUUAAAAAGCUCCAUAAGCUCAAUGAAAAGAUUUUACUUAUUUUAGAGCAGCAAGUAUUGAGAACUUCAGAUGAAUUAGAUGGGGUAGAUGCAAGCAGGAUUUUAUAUACAUUUGCACAGCAUAAACUAGGGAGUGAUGAUCUUUAUAGAGGGUUAAUUAAAAGGAUUGAAGAAACAACAAAGGGAAUGACAGCUUAUGAUUUCACGAUAAUUUUGUCGGGGCUUGUGAAAGCGAAUAAAGGAAACCCGAAGAUUUAUAGUGAUAUUGAAAAUCUGUUGAUAACAAAAGGGAAAAAAGAUAUAACAAUUCAAAAUGUUUCAGGGAUUUUAAAUGCAUAUGCGAGGUACAUGAGUCCAAAAUUGUUAGAGCAAAAGACAGAUUUCUUAAACCAGCUGAGAGAUGUUUUGGUUCAAUUCAAGUCCAAACUAAAAUACGAAGCUGAUUUGACUAUUUUGCAUAUUAUUUAUGGGCUUAAUCAUCUAAACAUAAAUGAUAACGAAGAGUUAUCUAAAAUUUUGUUAGAUAUAGUCAAAGAAAGAAAUAUAAAAUCCAAGCCUGAAUUCCAAAACUUCCUUAACUCCCCCCCCCCCCCUCCGUGAGCGAACAAAAAAAUUUUGUUCGCUCACGGAGGGGGUUAAUUUUGUUUUUUAAAAAAAAUUUAUAUAUAAAUUUUAUAAAAAAUAUUUUUUUCGAAAUUUUAAAAAAAUCCCUAAUUUGCAAAAAUUGGGAAGCAAAUAUUAAUUUAAAUUUGCAAAAUUUAUGUUUUUUAAAACGCAAUUUGUUUAAAAUUAAACAGAAUUAGCUCUAGAUUUCAUUAUACUAAUUAUCACUUAUAUAUCCAAAUUUUUUUCCAUUAAAAUUUUUUCUAUUAAAAAAAUUUUUGUUCACUCACGGAGGGUGGGUUUUUGGUCAAAAAAUGGCGAUUUUUCUAAUGGUUUUGUUCGCUCACGGAGGGGGGGGGGGGAGUAAGGACAUAAAUAAAUACUUAAAAUAA